AUUGGUAAAACAGGUCAACCGCUAGACAUCCUGGGGGCCAGAAAACAAUUUGCUUUGGGGCCCCAUAAUAUCUAGUUACACCACUGCUCCUGCAUGUCAAUAAAUGCAUUUUCUAAGGCUACCUUAUUAUCUACAGAAUUUUAGGAGGGAGUUCCUUUCUUUUCUGCAGUACCAUUCCUCUGCAGCAAAAGGUGCUUUCGUUAUUGAUGUAGUUUCUACUGCCUGCCAAUGUGCACAGGGGCUUCCUCUUCUUUUUUUGGCAGUGCUAUUUUUUUCCUGGGUGGGUCGGUAUGGGUGGAUUUAAUAUAAGUAGAUUCAGCGAUUGUACUGCCACACUCUCACUCUAUUCAAGCUUGGACUCUUCAGACAUAUUGGUUCUGCAGUUUUGUUAUUGUUUAUUGUGCCUUAUUGAUUCAAUACGUAUUGCAGAACUCCAUCUCCCUAUAGCUCUGAUGAUAGCAGAGCCAGAGGUUGUCUGUACUUGCUAUUUUGCUUUUGUUGCCAUGUGUUCUGAUGCCCUGUGUAUUUAGCAAUAAAUCUUAUUCUCUUCCCCCAGAUAACGGAUGCCCUCACUGCUGUAACACUGUACCUUGCUGUUCAGGUUAAUGAGUCAGAGUGUAAUAAAGAAAACUCCUUCCUUAUGCUGAAGACAUAGCUUACUUCACACAUAUUACAGAAGAGGAAGAUGGCGCCCGUGAACUCCGACGCGCUGACUCUGCAACGAGGGAUAAAAGGAAUUUGUCCCAGUGAAGCUGAAGAGUACAGGCUUCUGUUCAGCUGCCAGUAUUGCUCUAUCUACCUGGGUUCUUUGUGUGUGCUGGUCUGUCAUUCUUUCUUCUUGCUCAACUCAUGGGAUUUUAUACCUUCUAUAUAUGGCUUUAUACUCUCUGUACCAGAUCUGACACCAAAUAUCGGCCUGUUUUGGUAUUUCUUCGCAGAGAUGUUUGAACACUUUAGUCUCUUCUUUGUGUGCAUCUUUCAGAUCAAUGUUUUCUUCUACACCCUGCCUCUCACUAUUAAUACAUUCAAGUGUUACUAAACCCUGAGUUUAUUUUAUUAAUUAUUUUUCUUCUCUU